UCAUCAGUCUUGAAAUUUCAGGGUGACAGUCCCUGUGUGGUGACAGUACAUUCUCUGGUAAUGUAACUUUCCCUGCCUAAGGUCUUCCUACCUGACUCUAGGACUGAAUGUGCCCCCAUGGCAUACUCCCUAUACUCCAGCUCUAGCUGGGCCAUUCUGAGACCCACCUGUUGUCAUCACCUGCCAGGAAUAGUAUAACUGGAACCCUGGCCUAAGGGGAAAGCAUGGCCAAUAUGGUCCACAACAUACCCUUCAGUAACCCAAGUGUCUGUACUUCUCCCAGCACUGUCUACAUACCCUCAGUCAUAACUGAUUUCAAGGAUCUGGAUUUGGGCCUGGGGCCAUAUUGGGUCAGGGCAGGAUGCUAGUUAUAGUCUACUUUAUCCCCCCUCCCCAUCUGUGAUGACACCAUUGUAUCUCUGAGACAGCAGGCAGGGUCCAGGGAGGGUUUGCCAUUGUUCUGUGCAUCCCUUUGGUCUGCCAUCCCCAUGAUUGGAGGGUCUGUCUACCAUUACUAGCAGCAUCACUUAUCCUUGCUGUAUUCCUUCCUUCAGAGGUACUCUGCUCCUGGCCCUGGGACUGCAGGAUUAGCUUGGCAUAUAAAUUGGUUUUGGACGCUGUGGGGACAGUUACGAGCAGGUGUUGGGAACCUUUGCCACAGUUACGAGCAGGUGUUGGGAACCUUUGCCAGCUGACUUGGAGCUUGCAUGGAGCCUCCUUGCAGCAGUGCUAGGGAUAGGGAUAGGUGUCUCUAAAACACACCCUGGCACUUUCAGAGCGCCCUGAGCCCUGGGCAGAAACGGUGGAUUAUAAUACCACAGAAUCAGUCUGGGGAGUCAUGGGCAGCAGGGUGUCCUGGGAAGGCUUCCUGGAGGUGACGUUCGUGUUCGUGCUGAGCCCCGAGUCAGAGAAGACUGGAUAGGGAGUCUGAAGGGUCUCUCACAGCAGUAGAAGUUUUUAGAUGUAGCAACUUCGUGGGAGGAGCUUCUGAAACGCUCUGCUCGAGAGCGGUACUCAGCUGGGACAGUGCGCUGAGUGGUCCUGUGGCUGCCUUGGGUGUACGUGUGAGGCGCGUGCGCGCAGGAGCGCCGUGUGCGCGGCUCCGUGACGCGGUCCGAGAGCUGCGCGGGCUGAACCGAGCAGGCAGAGCGGGCCGGCCGGGGCGGAGCGGAGCUUUCCGCAGAGCAGCCCCUCCCGGCCUCGGCCGACCCCGGCCCGCGGCCCGGCUCUAUGGACAGAAGCUCUCUGCUGCAGCUCAUCCAGGAGCAGCCAGGAUCCCAGGAACCAGCCUGCCAAUCCGAGGCACCCCUCAGCCACUGGCCUGCGGCUCCUCCACCGCAGCAGCUGGACCCUGAGAACACAGGCUUCAUUGGUGCGGACACCUUUGCUGGUCUGGUGCACAGCCAUGAGCUGCCCCUGGACCCAGCCAAGCUGGACAUGCUGGUGGCCUUGGCCCAGAGCAACGAGCGGGGCCAGAUCUGCUACCAAGAGCUGGUGGACCUGGCCCCUGCCCCCCAGAUCAGCAGCAAGCGUUCCAGUAGCUUCAAGCGGGCCAUCGCUAAUGGACAACGGGCGCUGCCCCGAGAUGGGCUGCUGGAUGAGCCAGGGCUGGGUGUCUACAAGCGGUUUGUGCGCUAUGUGGCCUAUGAGAUCCUGCCCUGUGAGGUGGACCGCCGCUGGUACUUCUACAGGCACCGCAGCUGCCCGCCCCCCGUGUUCAUGGCCUCAGUCACUCUUGCCCAGAUUGUUGUGUUCCUGUGUUACGGGGCCCGCCUCAACAAGUGGGUGCUGCAAACCUACCACCCUGAGUACAUGAAGAGCCCCCUUGUAUACCACCCUGGGCACCGUGCCCGAGCAUGGCGCUUCCUCACCUAUAUGUUCAUGCAUGUUGGGCUGGAGCAGCUGGGGUUCAAUGCUCUCCUGCAGCUGAUGAUCGGGGUGCCCUUGGAGAUGGUGCAUGGCUUACUCCGCAUCAGUCUGCUCUACCUGGCAGGAGUGCUGGCAGGCUCCUUGACUGUCUCCAUCACCGACAUGCGUGCCCCUGUAGUGGGGGGCUCUGGCGGGGUCUAUGCCCUGUGCUCAGCACAUUUGGCCAACGUUGUCAUGAACUGGGCUGGGAUGAGAUGUCCCUACAAGCUGCUGAGGAUGGUGCUGGCCCUGGUGUGCAUGAGCUCCGAGGUGGGCCGGGCUGUGUGGCUGCGCUUCUCCCCACCACUGCCUGCCUCAGGCCCACAGCCCAGCUUCAUGGCGCACCUGGCAGGUGCGGUGGUGGGGGUGAGCAUGGGCCUCACCAUCCUGCGCAGUUAUGAGGAGCGUCUGCAGGACCAGUGUGGCUGGUGGGUGGUGCUGCUUGCCUACGGCACCUUCCUGCUCUUCGCUAUCUUCUGGAACGUCUUCGCCUAUGACCUGCUGGGUGCCCACAUCCCCCCACCGCCCUGACCUACUCCCAAGGGCCAAAUGGGCAUGUGGUGUCCAGCCACCAGGCAGGUCUGCACACCUGCCCUCCAUAAGUGGACAUCUCAAGGCUGCUUUACCCUGCAGCAGCAGGUGGACCUAGUAGUCUACCAGCUGAGGCUGAGCCUCACUCCAUCCCUGGGUUUCCCCUCCCAGGCCUGGGGGGAGGUCCCCAAAGGUGGUCCCAGAGCAGACCUAAUCCUGCCCACUCCUCCCCCAGGAUUUGCAGUCUGAGCCUUUUUGGAGAAUAAAUAAAUAUUUUACACUGCA